ACAACAGCAAACCAAGCAGGCUUGUCAAAUUGUCUAUGGAUGGGUUCUGAUGCGCUGAUACGACGGAAAAUCUCACACCCUAAUCUCUUGCAACAUCAACCACCCACUUAGUCUGGCCCGCCGGUCAACCGAUUUAACCGAGAAAGACACGGAGUCGCAUGCCAUCGAAACACAAGACGAGUGGCUUCGAGCAAAUCGAGUUCCCGGGUACGCUGGAGCCGCUCCCGUACCUGUGGGACGCUCUCGAGGCAUCUGGCAUACAUAACAUAGCGCAGCCUCACAAUGGACGCUGCGUCACACAACCCAUACGCUCGAUCCCCUAACCCCUCCACAAAGUCCUACGAUUCAUCGUCGGUGUCGUCCGCAACGUCCCCCAAACCCUCUCUCCAUUACGUGGGCGGUCUGAUGAACACAAGUACGCGGCCCAGUGUGGCCGCCCCUCCACAGCCCAUAGGCAUCCCAUCGUUACCGCCACUGCAUCAGACGACGUCGUUCCAACCGUAUACUCCGGCCACAACAUCCUCCUCCAUGAUGGGACGAGACUCACUGCCGUCCAACGAGUCGGUGGCCAGCACUCCAGGUCCGUCCAACGCCCAGCUGCCACUGGGUGCCAGCUCACAGGCUCAGAAGAGAGCAUACCGCCAAAGACGAAAGGAUCCGAGUUGCGACGCUUGCCGGGAGCGCAAGGUCAAGUGCGAUGCCACCGAGACGACGAGCUGCUCAGAGUGCUCGAGCCGAAACGUAAAGUGCCAGUUCACCAAGGAGACCAACAGACGCAUGUCUUCCAUCAAGCAGGUGCAGGACCUCGAGAAGCAGCUGGAAAAGAUCAGGCGCGAAAACAGCACCCUGCGUCGCAUGCUGCAAGACCGGGAUGGAGCUCCCGGCGGUAUGGAUUUGGAUGCCGAGGGCGGCGAGGCGCCGUCGUUGCAGGCCCAAAUCCCCGAGAUCGGAACGAUACCAAAGCCGAAAAAGAGGCCACCGCCAAUGCCCGAGCUCGGCAGGACGAGACCAACCAUUCUUGCUUCCUCCAAAGGAAUCUUCAAGACGCCAGCGCACUACCGCUCGUCGCAAUCUCCGAGGGCGACAUUUUUCGACCCUCCACGACCCGAACUACCCCAACGCAAGGCGGCAGAUCAAAUCUUGAACGCCUACUACGCUUCUAUACACACGACAUUUCCCAUGAUCCACUGGCCGACCUUUCAGCAGUCGGUCGAUGAGCUCUACCGGCCCGGCGGCCUGCAGGCAGCAAAGCCAUCUUUUCUGUCGUGCUUUUUCACAGUCUUGACCGUCGGCAGUCUCUUCUCACCCGAUGCCCAUCGAUCAAAUCUGGCUUGCGAGCUGGCCGACGCAGCACGGAAAGUGAUAGAUCCAUGGACAAACGAAUAUGAACUCGACCACGUGCGGACUCUCGCGCUCAUGGCGAUGAUGCUCUACGAGAUGAACCUAAAAUCUGUCGCAUGGACCUGGGUCGGGUCCGCGGUCAGGAUGGCACAGGACAUGGGCCUGCACGCCGAUUUGGGAUCCUGGACCAUGCUGGAGGGCGAAAUGCGUCGAAGGGUCUGGUGGACCGUCUAUGUCUUGGAACAGAGCAUGUCUGUAGAGAUUGGCCGGCGGACCAUGAUCGAUGACAGCGACUGCGACGUCCCCCUGCCCGCCGCCGUCGACGACCACCAUAUCCACACAAACGAAAUCCGAGUGCCCCAGGGCCAAGAUCCACUUACGCACACCUUCAUCCCAGUCAUCAACGUCGUGCGCGCCUACUCGGCGCUGGGGAAAGCACUCGGCGCCACGACCCUGACGUCGGCGCAGCUGUCGACUUUUGACCAGCACUUUGCCUCGUGCCUGAGAGCCUUCCCCGCACCCUGCGACCUGGCGAACCAAAACGUGGCCCUUUCCCCCCACUACCUGAACCCCCUGGCAUACCUCUACAGCGCCAGGAUGCUCCUCCACCGCCACAACCUCUCUCCGCUGUGCCCCCCGGAGGCCCGCCGCACCGCCAUCGAGAUGUGCACGCUGACGGGCAUCGACACGGCGGCCUCGGUGGCACGCACGCCCCCGACGCUGCACGACACGGCGAGCGCGAUCCUGACGGUCCACCUCUUCCGCUGCGCCCUGUUCCUCAGCUUCACCGGCUACCUCGACGAGGCCGUCAUCUGCACGCGAGCCCUGACGGCCAUCAGCUCGCGGCGCGACGUCGCCAUCCCCUGCGGGAGGUACAUGGCCAUGUUCCUGUCCAAGCUCACGGCCAAGCGGUCCGAGUACGCCGACUACCUGGUGCGCUCCACCACCUCGCCGGGGCCCCAGCACCACCACCACCACCACUCGCCCUACAGCCAACCUCCCCCGCGCCCCGACCCCAACCAGCUCCGCGAGCUGCUCCUCCGCGACGAGGAGCUCCUGGUGCUCGUGGGCGCAGACCUGCAGGCCGACGCCAACGUGGCCUGGGUGUGGGAGCCGAGCGGCGACCCCGACGCCUCCCCCAUGGCGACGGCCGCGUCGGGAUUCGCCGCCAGGUCGGCGGCCGGGACCGCGUCCGCCCCCGGGGGCAGGAGCACCCUCUUCAGCCUCGAAUACCGCGUCGGCCUGACCGAGGACGAGAGCCGGGACUGGGGCGGCUGGGAGCGCGUCGACGCCAUGAUCAGGGCUCUGGGAGACGCCCCCCAGCCGCUGCACCAACCGCACCCGGCCAUGGCUGCCGGCACACUCCCACCCCUGCAGGCCUGGCAACCGCAGCCGCCGCCGCCCCCGCCAGGGCACCAGACGGUGCUGCCGCCAGUCAAGGUGGAGCACGCCGCCCUGCCGCCACGGGCGGGACUGAGUCCCGCGUCUGCUGCCGCGGGGCCCGCGGGCGAGGGCAGCGUGACGGGGAGCCCGUCGGUGGGAUCGGCAAAGAGCAAGAGCCAGUCGAGGAUCAGCAUUGCAAACAUCAUAUAAGGCCUUGCUUAUUUUUUUAAAUCUUGGGAACCAAGUGUAUCGGUAACCAAGAGUUUUCCAGGGCUUGGCAGUUGACGGGGUGGGAGAGUUAAUAUCAAAUGAGGAAAAAACACAAUCAUGACUUGGGGGGGUGUGGGAACUAGCGAUGGCCUCCCUAGCUCUCAGACUUUCUCUCGUCUACCCUAUUCUACUUAAUUUAUCUGUCCAAUUGUUUAGCACGAGAUUCCCCCUCCGGAGACUUUGUAGUUGGAGAAGUUGUGCUUAUUGGUCUGUACCUUUGGAAGUCAGGCCGAAUUGGGCAUACCUCUUUUUAGCUUCUUUAUUGAAUUUCUUUU